CCCAAGUUCCAUUCGCAGAUCUGUGAGCAUUGUGUGCGAAAAGCCAUUUGCGAUUUCAUUAUAUGUUGGAACAGUUUGGAGGAAAAACUCGCAAGUGAUAUAAUUUAAAGCGAAAGGGACCCCAAAGUAGAGCAGACCCAAAAUGGAAGUGACAGAGGCGAAUUUGCAGUUGCUGGCCGGUUAUUUACAGCAGACGCUGAGCGCCGAUCCGAAUGUCCGCCGGCCGGCCGAAAAACUCUUGGAGUCUACGGAACUGCAGCAAAAUUAUCCCAUACUGCUUCUCAACCUGAUAGACAAAGCGCAAAUGGACAUGACCACGAGGGUGGCGGGCGCCAUUGCCUUCAAGAACUAUGUGAAGCGGAACUGGGCGGCCCACCUGGACAGCGAUGGACCAGAUCGCAUUCAUGAAAGUGACAGGAACACCAUCAAGACCCUGAUCGUAACGCUGAUGCUCCACUCACCGGUGGCGUUGCAAAAACAACUGAGCGACGCGGUCAGUAUCAUUGGCAAGCAUGAUUUUCCGAAAAAAUGGCCGCAGCUCAUCGACGAGAUGGUGGAGAGAUUUGCCUCAGGCGAUUUCAAUGUCAUUAACGGCGUUUUGCAAACCGCACAUUCGCUCUUCAAGCGCUAUCGCUUUGAGUUCAAGUCGCAGGCUCUGUGGGAGGAGAUCAAAUUCGUACUGGAUCGGAUGGCGAAACCUCUAACUGAUUUGCUCCAGGCCACAAUGCAGCUGACCAAGGUCCACGAAAAUAAUGCCGAGGCACUGAAGGUCAUUUACGGCUCUCUUGUGCUGGUAAACAAGGUGUUCUUUUCGCUGAACUCUCAAGAUUUGCCCGAGUUCUUCGAGGACAAUAUGAACACUUGGAUGGGAGCGUUUAUCCAGCAGCUGGCAGCGGAUGUGCCAUCGUUGCGCACUGGCGAUGAUGAGGAUGCGGGUGUGCUGGAGCAUCUGCGCGCGCAGGUCUGCGAGAAUAUUUGCCUGUAUGCCAAGAAAUACGACGAGGAGUUCAAGCCCUUUAUGGAGCAGUUCGUAACUGCAGUCUGGGAGUUGCUGGUCAAGACCAGCCUGCAAACCAAAUACGAUGCGUUGGUUUCCCACGCCCUGCAAUUCCUCUCUGUGGUGGCUGAGCGUCAGCACUAUCAGAACAUUUUCGAAAACCCUGAGAUACUAGCGCAGAUCUGCGAUAAAGUUGUCAUUCCCAAUCUGGACAUCCGGCCUUCAGAUGAAGAAAUUUUCGAGGACAGCCCGGAGGAGUAUAUUCGGAGGGACAUCGAAGGUUCAGAUAUUGAUACACGACGUCGAGCGGCCUGCGAUCUGGUAAAGACUCUAUCCAUUAACUUUGAGCAAAAGAUCUUCGGGAUCUUUGGCCAGUAUCUGGAGAUAUUGCUGACCAAGUACAAAGAAAAUCCGACUGCCAAUUGGCGGUCAAAGGAUACGGCUAUUUAUUUGGUCACAUCGUGGGCAUCUCGAGGUGGGACUCAAAAGCAUGGCAUCACACAGACCUCGGAGUUGGUUCCACUUCCAGAAUUUUGUGCUCAACAAAUUAUUCCAGAACUGGAGAGACCCAACAUUAACGAAAUACCAGUUCUUAAGGCCGCGGCUAUUAAGUAUAUAAUGGUGUUCCGCAGCAUUUUGGGUCCCCAGGUCUUGGCCAACUGUCUGCCGCAGCUUAUCAGACAUCUUCCCGCCGAAAGCCCUGUGGUUCAUAGCUAUGCCGCCUGUUCCGUGGAGAAGAUCCUCACAAUGCGCGAUGCUAGCAAUGCGAUCGUGUUUGGUCCACAGGUGUUGGGUCCUCACGCCACUCAACUCGUCAGCGGUUUGUUUGCCACUCUCUCUCUGCCAGGAUCCGGAGAGAAUGAGUAUGUAAUGAAGGCCAUUAUGCGCAGUUUCUCGGUUUUGCAAUCGGCCUCUAUGCCCUUUAUGGGGGUGGCACUUCCCCGGCUCACCGAGAUUCUUGCCCAGGUGGCCAAGAAUCCUUCUCGUCCAAAUUUUAAUCACUAUCUCUUCGAAACUCUGGCUCUUUGUAUCAAGAUUGUUUGCCAGGCCGAUGCCUCUGCUGUGAGCUCUUUUGAGGAGGCCUUGUUUCCUGUUUUCCAAGGCAUCUUACAGCAGGAUAUUGUCGAAUUUAUGCCCUACGUCUUCCAGAUGCUUUCCGUGCUGCUGGAAGUGCGCGAGGGCUCUGGUUCCAUUCCGGAGCCCUACUGGGCCUUGUUUCCUUGCUUGCUGUCUCCUGCUCUUUGGGAUCGGACGGGCAAUGUCACACCAUUGAUUCGGCUCAUCUCUGCUUUCAUUAAGCAGGGUUCAGCUCAGAUUCACGCCUUGGGUAAAUUGAGCGGAAUACUUGGAAUUUUCCAGAAGAUGAUAGCCUCCAAGGCUAACGACCAUGAAGGUUUUUAUCUGCUGCAGAAUCUCCUUUCCUACUACCCCGCCGCUGAAAUUCAACCCAAUCUUCGUCAGAUCUUUGGCCUGCUCUUCCAGCGUUUGUCUCUCUCGAAGACUCCGAAGUACAUCAGCGGAAUUAUCGUCUUCUUCAGCUUCUAUGUGAUCAAGUACAGUGGCGGUCAGUUGGCUCAGAUGAUAGAUGAGAUACAGCCAGGCAUGUUUGGUAUGCUUUUGGAUCGGGUGUUUAUCACCGAAAUGGGCAAGGUUCCUAAGGAACAGGAUCGAAAAAUGGUGGCGGUGGGUGUCACGAAACUGCUCACUGAGACGCCUGAAAUGUUACAGCAACAGUACAGUGCUUUCUGGCCACGUUUGCUACAUUCUCUCAUCGAUCUUUUCGAGCGACCACCUGAGAAGUUAAAGGGUCUCGAAAUAGGAGAGUCUGCAGGCGUGGCAGAGGAUCCUGAUGCUGGCUAUCAAGUGGCCUUUGCCCAACUCACCCAUGCUCAGCCCAACCAGAAGGAUCACCUGGCCGAGAUCACUGAUGCCCGCCAGUUUCUGGCCACCUCGCUCUCCAAGUUCGCGCAAUCGAGAGCGGGAGAAUUACCCACUUUGUUGGCACCCCUGGAGCCGGAGUAUAAGCAAGUACUGCAGAAAUAUUGUGAUCAGAGUGGCGUACGGAUUGCCUAAGAAAACGAAUGACUCCAAGCUCAUUUAUCGCAAUCAAACCUCGCCAUACAUUCGCACUCUAAUCUAUAUCGUACUUGAUCACUCACUGCAUGCCCGGUUUAUUGUCAUUAAAAAAUUGUAUCUUAUGUAUUUGUAAGUCUUGUAAACAAUAAAUAGUUAUGUUUUAAAAAUUUCGUAA